AUGGUGGACAAGAUCUUGAAGGGUGAGCGUGCGGACACCCCGGAGGCCAUCAUGCGAGCCCGGUUCACAGCCCUCCGCUUCAAGGACCCUCAGUUCUUGGCGGCGACGGAGAAGGAGGAGGGCACCUCGAUCAAGAAGCGCGCCGCCGGCUGGGCGAAGACUCUUGGGAUGGAGGAGAA